AUGGUCUCCUUCUCAGGCCUUUUCUUGGCCGCUUGUGCUUUCGCAAGCGCCUUCGCAGCCCCGAGUGACUUGAGCAAGCGAGCUAUCACUACAAGUCAGACCGGAACCAACAAUGGCUAUUACUACUCCUUCUGGACCAACGGCGGUGGUAGUGUCCAGUAUACCAAUGGUAAUUCAGGUCAAUACAGCGUUUCUUGGAACAACUGUGGAAGUUUCACGUCUGGCAAGGGUUGGAGUACUGGCAGUGCCCGUAACAUCAACUUUUCUGGAUCGUUCAACCCUUCUGGAAACGCCUACCUUGCUGUGUACGGCUGGACAACUGGUCCUCUCGUCGAGUACUACAUCAUGGAGAACUACGGGACCUACAACCCCGGCAGCAGCAUGACUUACAAGGGAACUGUCACAAGCGAUGGAUCGGUCUACGACAUCUAUACCCACCAGCAGGUCAACCAGCCCUCUAUCUCAGGCACUGCAACUUUCACCCAGUACUGGUCCAUCCGCCGCAGCAAGCGGUCUAGUGGAACUGUAACCACGGCCAACCACUUCAAUGCUUGGGCUUCGCUUGGAAUGAACCUGGGCUCUCACAACUACCAGAUUGUUUCCACUGAGGGCUAUCAGAGCAGUGGAUCAUCGACCAUUACUGUUUCGUGA